CCCUCACUCAUAAAUAACCACUCUCUCCUCUCUAGAAACAUACAUGCACCCCCUCUCUCCCCUCUAUUAUAUUCAGUGGGUACACGUCUUCUUCUUCAUAGCCUCCUUCCUCGCAACAUCUUUUUCUCUCACCCCCUUCUCGUAUAAAGCAACCCAUUUCUCUCCACUCACUCAUCACCACAACCAAACAACAAACAUCAGCUUCAACAACUUUCUCUCUCUAGAAGUUAGAUCGAGAAUAGAGGAAGCUGUGGACUCGAAUACUUACUAUACAAUCAACGACCAUGUCAGGCGAAGAAUUUCUUGAGACACCCAAACCCAUCGUGAUCCGACAAGUCUGGUCGGAUAAUCUUGAGUACGAAUUCGAAUUGAUCCGGGAUCUGAUCGAUGAGUACCCUUAUAUUUCCAUGGACACAGAGUUUCCCGGCGUGGUUUUCCGACCAAAGGUGGACCCCACAAAGCCGUAUUAUCACAGUCAACGCCAGCCGUCCGAUCACUACAAGAUCUUGAAGACAAACGUUGACGCUUUGAAUCUCAUCCAGCUUGGCCUCACCCUCUCUGAUGCUUCCGGCAACCUCCCCGACCUCGGCACCGGCGAGCUAUGCAUCUGGGAGUUCAACUUCAAGGACUUCGACGUGGAGCGUGAUGCUCACGCGCCGGACUCCGUGGAGCUGUUGAGGCGCCAAGGGAUUGAUUUCCACAGGAACCGAGCUGAGGGGAUUGACUCGGCACUGUUCGCUGAGCUGAUGAUGUCUUCGGGGCUGGUUUGUAAUGACUCAGUGAGUUGGGUGACGUUUCACAGCGCGUACGAUUUCGGGUACCUGGUUAAGAUCCUCACGCGCCGAGAGUUGCCGAGUGGGUUAAAUGACUUUUUGGGUAUUCUGAGGGUGUUUUUCGGAAACAAAGUUUAUGAUGUGAAGCAUUUGAUGCGGUUCUGUGCUAGCUUGUACGGUGGGUUGGACCGGGUGGCCAGGACGCUUGAGGUGGACCGGGCGGUUGGGAAGUGCCACCAGGCCGGUUCAGAUAGUUUGCUGACGUGGCAUGCCUUCCAGAAAAUGAGAGACAUCUACUUUGUAAAGGAUGGACCGGAAAAACAUGCCGGUGUGUUGUAUGGAUUAGAGGCUUAUUAAAAUGUCAAUUAAUGUGAUAAUAUUAAUUUAAUUAAUUCUUUUAUUUAAUAA